AUGAAUGUUGCAGGAACGAUUGACGGUGGCCUUUCGCUGUGGAUCAAGGACGUGGCUGGCAAGGAAUUGGUUGUUCAUCAACAUUCGGGAUAUCCAGGAGAAGAUGUUCCUGAGGCAUCAGCAUCAGCAUCAACCCAGCUGAACAUGCAAAGCGGUGACUCGACCGAGGCUUUGCAGGGCUUCUGUCAUUGCGGUACCGUCAGGUUUCACGUCACUCGUCCGAACGACUCCAGCCGGCUCCCAACAUCAAACAUGGCUGACCUGAUGGUCCCUUAUCAUACUGGCUCAUCGGAGAUCAAGAACCCCCAUGAUUUGAAAUGGUGGCUUCAGCCGGAGGACGCUUUGGUGCCCACUCGAUAUCUUGCUGGUACCUGCGCGUGCCGCUCAUGCCGCCUGAUAUCGGGUUUCGAGAUUCAGACGUGGGCCUUCAUCCCCAGGUCCAACAUUAUCUUCCACAUUGCCGACACCUCCAAUGCAGGGGCUGGCACGAAGGAUCUCGGGAAAGCCCGACUUAUGCCACUGGACUUUUCAACCUUGCCGGAGGGAAUACUUCGUAGUUACGAAAGCUCGCCUGGCGUGCUGCGCGAGUCCUGCGUGAAGUGUGGUGCCACGGUCUUUUGGCAUGACAAAUGGAGGCCGGACUUGAUCGACGUCAGCGUGGGCCUUCUCGAUGCACCCGAGGGAACAAGAGCAGAGGAGUGGUUAAAAUGGUGGAAGGCGAGGGUGAGCUUCUCGGAAGAUGUGAGCAAUGGCAGGUCUGGCAUGGUUGCAGCACGUGCAAAGGCGCUUGUUGAAAGUCUGGAGAGAGGUUUGAAAGGGUAG